AUGGAAGCUUCCUCUCCUUUAGCGGCGCUGCAUCGCCCGUCGAUGUUUCCUAGCUGGGGUAGCAGAGACAUCUUUCGCGGACACCCUCACUAUGCGACGUCGUCCGUUACAUCUGCCAGCAUGAGUCUGCGUGAGCAAAUGCACAAGCAUUCUAACGGCGACUACUUCAACGUCAAGGACGCUCGUGCCUCGCCUGCUACAAGCCUGGCUGCUGACAUCUCCCAGAACUUCCGACUUGACAGUGACUCAAGUCCCAAGUUCCACACUCCUCGAAGAGCACUCUUCACUGCUGGCAUGGUGCGCAGCUUCCAAGAUCGAGAUUCCCUAACAACCCCCCCUUUGCCGACAUCAUCACCCGCUCAAUUGGCUGAGCUCAAGGAGUUGAUGGAGAUCUCUCCCCUGCCUCACAAGGCCCCUUUCUUCACCCAAUUCGAGAUUACAUCUCCAACUCCCGGCUCUACACCAGCCGCUGACGAUGAAAUGGUGCUUGAUUCGCCGGCUCCCAUCUCUCGGCAGUCUUCCUUGGAACCACCCAAGCCCAUCAUAGCUGAAAACCGCAAAAUAGCUAUGCCUCGACGACCUUCCCUAACACGGAUGAAGGGUUUUAGUACUUCGGCGGUACCGAACCGUCAGGCUGACGCUGUUGACGCAACUCCCUUUCGCUUUAGUGCUGGCGGAUCUCGUCUCAACCACACCAGCUCCAACCUGUCUCUAAGUGAAUGCUUCGAGACAGCGUCACCGCCCCAGGAGCGCAGGCCCGUAUCCGCCAACAGCCCCUGCCCCGGUAUGCCUGCUGGCCGUGCUAGACCCCAGUUUCUCAACUUCAACGCUUGCUCUCGCAAUAAUGCCUCUCCUUCCAUGAACGCGCAUUCCCGCCGACAGUCCAAUCCCUUUCUCAGGAAUCGCAAGCAGUUCCGUCGAUCGUUGAGCAUGUUCGAGCAUCCUGCUGACGUCAUGAAGAGCAACUCAGAUGGAGAGGAGACACCCUCACCUGCGCUUCAAUCGGUCAUGGAUGUGGAGGAGGCUCAAGAACCCGUCCUCCCCCAUUUCCUCCUUGAAGACCCUACUGAUACCAUUCCUCGUAUCAGUCGCGAGACCCUCGUCGAUGUCUUGGACGGCAAGUACAGCUCUCACUUCGACCAGAAGAUCGUGAUUGACUGCCGUUUUGAGUACGAGUAUGAGGGUGGUCACAUUGAUGGUGCUGUCAACUACAAUGACAAGGACCUACUUACAAACCAGCUCUUCCAGACUCCCAUGGAUGGACGAACUCUUCUCAUCUUCCACUGCGAGUACUCGGCCCACCGUGCCCCCCUUAUGGCUCGCCAUGUUCGCUCUGAGGAUCGCACCGUGAAUGCUGAGCACUACCCCAAGCUUACGUAUCCUGAAGUCUACAUCCUAGACGGCGGAUACUCUGGUUUCUUCACCGAGCACCGUGGUCGAUGCUAUCCCCAAGAAUACGUUGAGAUGUCAGAUGAGGCUCACCAGCGCACAUGUGAACGCGAAAUGGGUCGAUUGAAAUCUCGCAAGGGCCUUAGCCGAGCCGCUACUUUUGCCUUUGGUCAACGCGAGCGUAGUGUGGAAGAGUCGCCUACUGCCCCCAGCAGACCUAGCUCACGGCACCCUCAUCUCCAUGCAUCUAUUUCCCGCCUUGGUGCCUCCCCAAUCACGCGCCGUAUGGCCUCAUACUAG